GCAAAUCGCGGAAGUUCACGUCAUUUCUCGUUUAUGGAAAAGGGGGGUGUACAGUAGCCUCAAACAUGACAAGUCUGACAGUAAAGAAACAUGCGUUUUGUUCAAGAUUUUUCGUCGCUUGUUCCAGAUUGCAGUAUUCAUCUAGUGCAGAGAAAGUACAGGAACAAGGACAGAAAGAAAACUUUAGACAGCUGAAGAUUGUUGGUGUUCAUGAGAUUAAAGAGAGAAUACAAAGGACCAAAUUUCAACGAGUAAGACAACCACCAAGACACCUAAAAAUGAAAGUUGACCAGGACUGGACAAAUGUAUGGCCGACAGCUCACUCAUUCAAAUGGUCUGUUGUUCCCUUUCCUGUCAGACAGGGACAUGUUAAAAAUUUAGCUGAGAAUGAAGGUAUGAUACCUGAGAAGUAUGGUAACUUGGAGUUGAUGAAGAUACCUAAUUUUCUGCAUUUAACACCAAUCCACAUCAAAAAACAGUGUCAAGCUUUGAAAGAAUUAUGCACACCUUGGCCAGAGGGUCUAGUAGGAAAUGAGAUCAACAGGCUUUUCCCACUAGAAUCUCAAACAAAUGACUACUGUUUUGCAAGUAAUAACAUCAGGGAUCCUAGAGCUAGGAAUGUCACAGUUAAGUUUAAUGUAGGAAAUUUGAAGUUAACCAAAGCAGCCAAAAGGAAAUUUCUUCAUCUAGUUGGAGAUCGUUAUGACAGUGUCAACAAUGAAGUUACUCUCACAUCUGAUAGAUGUCCAUUAAAAGCACAGAACUUUGACUAUAUAAUGUAUCUAAUCACAGUAUUAUAUCAUGAAUCAUUGGUUAAAGAGCCAUGGGAGGAUGAGAUUACUUUAGAGGAUAUGUCUAAAAUUCCAUGGAAAUUAUCUUCGUCCAGGAAGAACCUUGUGAAGAUGUUAGCUGCUACCAAUAACAUUAAUAUAAAGGAUGAGAAUUUAACAGAAGAAGAUCAAGAGAAGUUAAAACAGUUGGACAGUGAAGUUGAUGAAAAAUACAAAACAUACAAAUCUACUGUCUUAAACCUAGUAAAUAGAGGAGAAACAGAGAAAAACAUUGAAAAUUAUAAAAAUUCGGUUCUAGAAUUGAUGAAUUUACCCAAAUUUGAAGUUCAUUAAAAUUAAAGAUAUCAAUAUUUA